AUGGCUUUUCGGUCACCACUGCAGCCGCGCGGCGACAUCACGGCGUCAUGGUGCGCGUACGCAGCCAUCAUGAUGGUGGUGACGGUCGCCACGGUCGCCGGCAACCUCGCCGUGCUGGUGGCGAUACGGCGCGCCACCCCGCGCUUCCCCACACACUACCCGCUGGCUAGUCUGGCGGUGGCGGAUCUAAUGUUAGGUCUGUUUGUGUUGCCGCUCGCGGCUGCCCGGGAACUUUUCGUGUUACAGCCAAACUGGAUAAUCUGCGCAUGCUGGAGCACACUAGACGUGUUCUGCUGUACAGCCUCGAUCCUGUCCCUCUGCACGCUGGGCUGGGAGCGCUGGAGCGGCAUCACAUCGCCACUGGCCAGGGCUCGGCGGUGGAAGCUGGCCAAACUCUUCGCGAUACUGAUCUGGCCAGUCUCCGCGACGGUGGCGCUGCCGACGGCGCUGAUACCCUCGCCGCAGCAUUAUGUGGCUGGCGAGGAGGUCAAGGCUUGCACUGUUAAUACUAAUAUUGUCUAUGUGUUCUUCAGCGUGUCCCUCUCGUUCUACGCGCCGACGCUGCUCAUGUCGGUGCUGUACGCCAAGAUACUGGCGGCGCUGGCGGCUCCCAGCGAGCUGCGCGCGCAUAGAGGACGCGCGCACCAAUCCACCGCGAGCUGCGAGGAUGUGAAUGGAAAUGUGAACAACAAUAAUUUGGAGAGCGCUGCAGUAGACAACAAGAGCUCUUUACACCCGGCACCGAGAGCACCCGGCGAGCUGUGCUCACCAGCUCCCGUGAAGGGAUCUACCAAUAAUAACUGUUACCUGACGCCACGGCGCGUGCACGUCAGCCAGCCCUGCGGCUCCCCAGACCCGAACCUGAGAAUUCCCUCGCCGCUGAAAGUGCCUGCCACUUCUCCUGGCGGCAUCAUCCCCCGGCAGCGCACGGCCACGCAGACCAUCGUGAUGCUGAUGUCUCUGUUCCUGAUGUGCUGGACGCCAUUCUUCGUCAUGCUGCCCAUAGAUUCCCUCUGCAACUGCGUGUCAGUAACGGCCUGGCAACUGUGCACGUGGCUGGGCUACAUCAACAGCGCCCUGGACCCUCUGGUCUACGCCCUGGCCUCGCCCACUGUGCGGCGCGCGCUACACGACCUGUCCCGGACACUGUCGACCACGUCGGCGGGACACAGUGGGCAGAAUAGGGGUGGGUGA